AUGCCCGCGCGCCAGGCGCCUGAGCGGGACUUCAUUGCGCUCAACACCCUUGCAGACAACCCAGGCGCCACACACUACACCAAGCGGGUGGGUCGGGGCAUCGGCUCGGGCCUAGGCAAGACCUCGGGCAGGGGCCACAAGGGCCAGAAGGCACGCACAGGGCGCAGCCCGCGGCUGGGCUUCGAGGGCGGCCAGACGCCGCUGCGCAUGCGCGUGCCGCUGCGCGGCUUCCGCAACCCGCACACCCGCUUCUACCGGCCAAUCAAUCUGGACACGGUGCAGCAGUGGGCGCAGGAGGGGCGGCUGCCCACUGACCGCAUCAUCACGAUGAAGGAUCUGCGGGACAGCAACUGUGUGGGGCGCAAGAUGGGGUGGGGGGUCAAGGUGCUGGGCCGCGGGGCGCGGCGCCUGGCCACCCCGCUGCACCUGGAGGUCAGCCAGGUGUCCGAGUCGGCUCGCGCCGCCAUCGAGGCGGCCGGCGGCAGCGUGGCCACAGUGUAUUACAACAAGCUCGGCCUGCGCGCCCUGCUCAAGCCAGACUGGUUUGCGGCCAAGGGGCGCCUGCUGCCGCGCCCCGCGCGCCCGCCCCCCAAGCUGGAGGGCCGGUUCGACCGCGUGGGCGAGCUGCCGCCGCGGACCGAGCUGCCGGCAGCGGCCGCGGGGGCGGCGGCGGCAUCGCAACAGGAGACGGCGGCGGCGUGA